UUAGAAGGGAGGACCAGAAUCCAGAGGGGAUGAUGGAUGGCUGUCCUUUGGACACACCACCACCCAAUCACCCCUUUCACUUUCUCCACCCUCUGCACCACUCAAACCCCCAGCUCUCCCUUCUUUUCCCCUCUCCUCUCCUUUCCUCUGGACACCAGCUUCCCCGGCCAGCUGGCUCAAGAGCCACACCAGGCUGCACUGCAGGAUGGCCACAGUGAUGAAGGCUCUCGCCGUUGGCUCGCCGGUCUCGGCACGGGCACAACCCCAUAAGUGCGUUGCAGGUGCCACUAGCCAGCAGCAGAGCCUGCAGUCGUCCUUCAACGGCGUGUCCCUGCAGUGCCGGCGGUCGUCGCGGCCGUGGCCGUGCGGCACACCCCGGUCGUCGCUGGUGCAGGUGGUGAUGAUGGCGAAGCCGUCGAUCCAGUUCAUCCAGGGCACGGACGAGCAGACGAUCCCUGACGUGCGGCUGACCAAGUCCCGGGACGGCACCAACGGCGUGGCCAUCUUCACCUUCGAGCAGCCGUCGGUGUUCGACUCGUCGGCGGAGCUGGGUGACAUCACGGGGUUCUACAUGAUCGACGAGGAGGGCGUGCUGCAGUCGGUGGACGUCAGCGCCAAGUUCGUCAACGGGAAGCCGGCGCGGAUCGAGGCCAAGUACGUCAUGCGCACGCCCAGGGACUGGGACCGCUUCAUGCGCUUCAUGGAGCGCUACUCCCAGGCUAACGGCCUCCAGUUCGUCAAGAACUGAGCUCCCUAUCUCUCUCAUGGCUGGACUUGGAGGUGGAGGUCGACGUCAUGGCAAUGCUCCCCGUUGCAUCAACUUGGCUUCACUGCUCCUUUUUUUCUUCUUAUCUUUUUCUCACACUGCCUUGAGUUCCUAUGAGCCUGGUUUGUUGGAUGUCAAGUUUUGCCAAGCUAAAAUCAUGGCAAGCUAAAUAAUAGGCAUGUCAAAUUGUAGGCAUCGUCAAAUUGUGGGUAAGAAAUUUAUUAUGACUACAUUGCUCAGUGUAGCUUGAGUGGUGCAGAUACUUGUGUGCUGGGCUGGUAAGCUUGACACUGGGCUAUGAGGUUCUGUGGUGUAUGUGCCUGCUAUUUCUUUUUCUUCCCCUGGUGAUGUGAGUGAAAUUUUGCAGAAAAAGAAUUACUACAAAA